CUCACUAUCUUCGACUGUAAUAAUCAUGGUAAUUAUAAACUGUUACCCACUGGGCGUCUCCGAUUUGUCGUCCCAGAUUGCGCAGGAUUGUGUGGACUCUGCUCUCAUUGUUCGUUGGAAAAAGCACUCUCCUGGACGACAAAUCGAAGACACCAUGUGUUUCUUUGGUUAUAUCUUGAUUUAUUAUUUGAUGUUUAUCCCACCUACUGGUCAUUAAAAUAUACCCUUAUAAGUUUUUAUUUUAUUUUGCUGUUUGUUUUUUGAUGCGCUAAGGUUGAUUGUGACGCUUCCUGCGGCGCAGCCCGGAACUAACACCCGGCGGUUGCGAGCAGACGCGCGGCAAUUUGUGCUGUUCUGUGUUUCUGUGUUUGUGCGGCGAUUUGUAAAUACAUAACGACAUUAGGUGUUUCGUGCCUGAGCACUGAGACUAAAUUUCUUCAGUUUGUGUGUAGUAAAUGUCGUGAUUGUGUGAUGCUGGUGCGAUGAGUAAAGAGAUAAAAGCGAUCGAUGGUAGUACGGUGCAUCGGAUAUGCUCCGGACAAGUAGUUCUGAGCUUGGCCGUAGCUGUAAAAGAGUUGGUCGAAAACAGCAUUGACGCAGGAGCAAAUAACAUCAGUGUCAAACUGAAAGACCAUGGCAGCAAACUUGUUGAAGUCGUCGACGAUGGGGAGGGAGUCGACGAGUCGAAUUUCGCCGCUCUCACCCAGAAGUACCACACGUCAAAGCUGCGCCAAUUUUCUGACCUCGAAGACGUCGCAACCUUUGGCUUCCGAGGGGAGGCACUGAGUUCCCUCUGUGCACUUUGUGAUGUCACAAUUGCAACCCGUCACAAGGAUGCUACACAGGCAACACUGCUCAAAUACGACCACCAUGGUGCUAUCACUUCCAAGUCACCCUGCGCCAGGGAUCGGGGCACCACAGUGAGUCUGCACAACUUGUUCACCACCCUGCCUGUCCGGCACCGGGAGUUUGUGGCCAACCUGAAGCGGGAAUUCGGCAAGAUGGUCACCCUGCUGACAGGUUAUUGCCUCGUUGUCACUAAGGUCAACAUCUCGUGUGUCAACUUCACCGAAGGAGGGCGCAAGCAAGUCAUCCUCAAUAGCCAGGGGUCACAGGCAGUUCUUGAGCGUAUAGCAAACGUGUAUGGUGCAAAAGAGGCUGCAAAGCUCCUGGAAAUACAGCAGUGUGCUCCCACUGAGGACAUACUGGAAGAGUUUGCGCUCACCAAGUCUCUGGCUGAAGCUCCAAGCACAAGGAUAGAGGGCUACAUCUCCUCUUGUGCUCAUGGUUCAGGCCGAAGCUCUGCGGACAGGCAAUUUGUCUUUGUCAAUUCUAGACCUUGCGAGAUGCCAAAGCUUACAAAACUGGUGAACAGUACGUACCACAUGUUCAACCGUGACCAGUGCCCUUUCCUGUUGAUCAACAUUCAUCUUGAAAGACAUUCUGUGGAUGUAAAUGUGACACCAGACAAGCGUUCAGUAUUUGUUCAUCACGAGAAGUACCUUUUAGCUAUUGUCAAGUGCUCACUCUUGGCAAUGUUCCGGCCAGUCGCAGCUACAUACGAGAGGCAGGGCCUUUCGUUGUCCCCUGCAUUGUCACAGUCGCAACAGAGUCCAAUGUCUUCCUAUCUGAGCCCUCGGCUGCCGAACUUAAUACCUGCUGACAAGGGUGCUUUUAUCACUCCUGUGAAACGAACAUUGUCUGCACUGGGCACUUCAACUGUCAAGUCAUCUGCUGCUCUGCAGAGCUUCAAAUUUCGUCGGCUUGAAAGCAAGAGCUGUUUGCCAUUCACACCUCCAGCUACCGACUCUUCACCAAGCUGUUCCCAAUCCACAGUUUCUGCAAAUAGUCAAGGUUCAAGUACAUCCGAAUCUCUCGAACCUCUGUGCUCUGAUGAGGAAGUGCUGCUUGAAGACCCUGCUGGUUUUUGGAGCUCACCUGAGAGCAUUGGAGGUCACCGUAGGAGAGCUAAAUUGUCAUCUAACAUCGGCAGCCUCACACCAUCUGGCGACACUGAAUGCAGAGGUGGCUCACCACCUCUAGAAUUGCAUGAUUCAACAACACAAGGCGCGCGGUGCAGUGAAGGAGGCAGCCAGAGCCAGCCACAAGAUCUGGCUUCAGGUAGUGCGGGACAAAUUGCAGUGCGUGUUCCACAUACCCUGUGUAGGAGGAGCCUGUCUUUGCAUACUGUCAAGCUCAAUGGCAAGGAAACGGGGGCUCGUGGAAUUCGUUCCCUGGAUAGGUUUCGGUUUGGUUCUUGCACAAAAUCUAUAGAAGAGGCUGUAGCGCAGAGGACUGCCUGUGAACGUGUUGAUAAACUUGGUGGAACCAUGGAACUAGCAUCUGAACGAACUGCUGAAGAUGAAAGUGGCGACAACUUAGAUGAAAACAACAGCUUGUGCAGUGUGGAAAACAACGAGAAACUCCAGGAUGAGGUGGUUGAAGUCGAUCGUCAGGUUGGUGGCCACAGACAGACAAAACCUCUAAACGUCAGUUGUAAGAGCCUAGCUGAACGUAUCCACAGUGUGAAUUGGGAUUCAUCUGAUAAACCUGCAGUGGAAAAGUUAUCUCGUGGCUUCCGGGCAGCCAUCACACCUUCUGAUAAUGCAGCAGCUGAGAAUGAGCUGAGCAGGCAGAUUAGCAAGGACAUGUUUGAGGAAAUGAAGAUAAUUGGUCAGUUUAACCUCGGUUUCAUCAUCACACAACUUGGUGAAGACCUCUUUAUCGUCGACCAGCAUGCUGCUGAUGAAAAGUACAACUUUGAAAUGCUCCAGCGUGACGUUGUCAUGGAAACACAACGCCUACUCAUGCCUCAGGUGCUUGAGCUCACGGCUGUUAAUGAAAUGGUCCUCACUGAAAACCUUGAGAUAUUUGAGAAGAAUGGCUUUGGAUUUGAGGUGGACGAGUCUCUGCCUCUGGGCAAGCGUGUCCGGUUAGUCAGUGUGCCUGUCAGUGGCAGCUGGCAAUUCGGCAAGGAAGAUGUGGAUGAGCUCAUCUUCAUGCUGAGUGACAAUCCUCAUACUGUGUGCAGGCCAUCCAAGCUGCGUCAAAUGUUUGCCUCACGUGCUUGUCGAAAGUCAGUCAUGGUUGGAACAGCCUUGACUAUGCUUGCCAUGAAAAAGGUUGUCAGUCACCUUGGCGAACUGCAUCACCCUUGGAAUUGCCCACAUGGGAGGCCAACGAUGCGUCAUCUGAUAAACAUCUCAAUCCUGCCAGACUGAGAGGGUGCCUGAAGUUUGACAUGAGCUUCUUGCUGUCACGGACUCUGGCAGAUGGGAGACAGAUAAGGACAGUCAUAUGUAAGAACAUGCAUUUAUAUUUCAACAACUGUU